AUGCAAUUUUCACGUGAUAUUUUACUUCGUUCAUUAAUUGAACAAGGUAAAGGUACAGUUUAUUUCAUUCCAUCACCAUUAUUACUUGCAUCAGCAUGUCCCCUUAAUGGUAAUCAAUAUAAACAAGCUUAUGAUGAUGUAGUACAACAUCUUCUCAAUUCUAACUUAGUUAAUAUUGAUGGUUUAAACCAUGAUUCAUUAACAAAAAAUACUAUUGAGUAUUUUUCUCGUCAUAAAUAUGCAGAUUUUACUUCUACAAAAUCAAUACCAUAUAUAUAUUAUCAAUGUAACGCUCUAUUUACUUCAUCAUCAAUAGGAAAUCAAAGUCGAAUGAGUGAAAUGAGUGAGGAUGGACAUUCAAUGUUUAAAAUAGUUUAUUUUAUAACAAUACUUACUCAACGUUCAUUAUUUUCACGUUAUGAAAACUUUGACCAAUAUCUUCUUCGCGAUUUACUUCAAUUACAUUCUCAUCAACUAGAAAAAGCAUUUGGAGAAAAAAUUACUUAUAAUCAAUAUACAAAAGGACGUAUUCUUGAACAAGAACAAAUCAAUGAAUUAACAUUUCGUCUUCUUAUUCGUUAUAAUAUACAUCAAGAACAAAAUUCAUUUGAAAUCGAUAUCAAUUAUUUUUUUAAUGAUUCAUAUAGUGAUCAAUUUGCUGAUACAUAUAUAUCACUUUUUCAUACACCAAUUACAAUGGCUAUUCAAAAUGGUUGUUUAUCUAUUGCUGAAAUUUUAUUAUCAAAUAUAUCUUUAAAUACAAAUACACACUGGGGAACAUUAGCUAUGUAUGAAUUAGAAACAUGUGUUGAUCAAUUAUUUACUCGACGUGGAAAAAUAACUUUUGAUAUGUUUACAACAUUUUGUACAUCAAUUGCAAAUAUUCAUUCAGAUGAAGCAAUUAUUCAACAAAGAAUAUUUGUUCAUGCAUUAGCAACAUGUAUUAAAUAUAAAGCUAAAAUAGAAUUAGAACAUCUUAUUAAUAAUUAUGCAAAUAUUUACUAUGAUAGUUGUGAAAAAUAUCCAUCAGAUAUUCGUCAUAAUAUAUUAUCUUAUUGUGUUGUUCGUAAUCAAGCAGUAAUUCUCGAAGAGUUAAUGUCCGCUUUUUCAUCUCUAAAUUCCAAUAGUUCACAACUUUAUAUAUCAUCAUUAUUUAAUCAAUCUUCGGUAUCAACAAAUUCUCUUACAGCAAUAUUUAAUACGAAUCCAAAUAAUAAAACAAAAUCAUUUGGAAUAUCAACAACAAAUAUUGCCAUACAUUCAUAUACAGGUGAUGAAUAUCGUCAAUGUCGUCGUAUACGAAAUACUGCUAUAGCACAUCAACAGAAACAUAAUCCAAAUCAAUACUUAUCUAGUCAAGAUAAUAGUACUUCUACUCCCCACCCAAUAGGUGAUAGACCACAGCCACGUCCAUCCCGCUUUUGGCGUACGGUUCGUUCAUUACAAAUAGGUUUUCGUCAACGUGGUCGAACAGGUCAAUAUGUUCAACAAAUAAAUAAUUCUGAUCCAACGGAUCAUCGAACAACUACAGGAACAUCAUUACAAAUAAUAAACGAAGAUGAAAGUGCAUUUCGUCGAGCUGAUCUUGAAGUUGCUCAACCUGUUUUUAAUGAAUUACCAGCAACAAUGCCUAUUAUGCCACAACCUGUUUUUAUUUCUCUUACUUCAAAUGAUCAAGAAGAUGAAAAAGAUAUAAUACCAAUUACUGGUCAAACUUUAUUACAUAUUGCAGCAAAAUUACCUGAUCAUGAUGAUAUUGUUCGUGUUCUUAUUGGUGAAAAUAAUAAUAUGACUUCUCUAGUCAAUUCAAGUGGACAAAUUCCUUUACUUUGUGCUAUUCAAGCAGGUAACACAUUAACAGCACAGUUAUUAGUAGAAGCUGAUCCUCAUUCAUUAAUAACACUUGAUAAUAGAAAAUCAAGUGUUUUUCAUUAUUGUUGUGAAACAAAAAAUGAUCUUCUUCUUGCAAGUAUGUUAAAUCUUUUACGACGUUUAAGUGCAAAUCAAUCGGUUCGAGUUCAAGCAUUACAAAAUUUAACUGAACCAAAUGCAGACGGACAAACACCAUUUUCAAUCGCAUGUUAUAAAGGUAGUAUAAAAUGUUUAAAACAAUUAUUUGGUUCAAAAUGGUUAUUACGACGUGUUCAUGCAUCGAAUAUAAUAACAUCGGAUGGAAUUAAAAAAUGUAUUGAUAAUAAUCAAAUCGAUAUAAUUAAUUAUCUUGUUAGUGAUCUUCGUCGAUUUCGUGUUAUUAUAUCAAUACUUAUUGAUGUUGUUUUUACUGAACCAGUUCAUCCAUCAACAGAUAUGGUUGUUGCACGACGUCAAUAUAAUGUUCUUGAAUAUGCUAUUUUAUUGAAAAAAACUGAAUUUGUUAAAACAUUUGUUAGUGUUUCUGUACCAAAAACUAUUGAAAAAAAAGCUAAUGUUGAUGAUCAUAUUGCAGUUGUUCGGAGUAGUAAUGUUGUUACACUUGAACCAUUAUUACAUGAUGAAUAUAAACGAUUUUUAACACGAUAUUCAUUACCAUUUAAAUAUGAUCAAUUCGAUCAAACACCCAUUCAACGUAUGUUAAAAGUACCGGCAUUAAUACCAUUUGUUCCUAAUUUACUUGAACAAUUUCUUGAUGGUGAUGGUAUGGAUUUAUCAGUUAUAGAUGAUUGUCUUUGUUCAAAACCAAAAUCAUCACGUUGUAUAUUUGGACAAAAUAGUUCAAUACAUAAUACAAGUCAAACAGUCAAUAAAAAAGAUAAUUUUACACCAGCUCAAUGGAUAAAAGAACAUCCACUUAAUUUAAUAUCUGAAUGUGAUUAUGCACCUAUUUAUGAUCAUCCACUUAUUUUAACAACUGUGGAUAGUAAAGCAGAUUUAUUCGGCAAUCUUCUUUAUUUAUUUAUUCUUCUUAUACAAGCACUUUAUGUUAUUUUAUAUACGGGAGUAACACUUGUUACACGAACACCAAAAUUUUAUCAACAUACAUAUGUUGAAUUUGAAAAUGAUACAUGUAUUGAUAUGUGUGAUAUAUUAACGAAUGGAACACAUAAUUUUGAUUAUUCUGAUGAUGGAACAUUUAUAUUAUAUAUAUUUCGUUUUAUAUUAUUUCUAUUUUCAUGUGCAGCUUUAUUGAAAGAAUUUUAUCAAAUAUUAACACAGCGUGGAAGAUAUUUUCGUGGAUUCUUUCUUAAUCUUUUAGAAAUCAUAACAUAUUCAUGUGGAAUUAUAUUUGCUAUGGAUACUAAUAAUUGUUCGAAAUAUUCUAGUCUUCGAUGUAAAUAUCAAUAUGAUUUUGGUGCAUUAGGUGUUGCAUCUGUAUGGACUGUACUUUUACUUGUAUUUGUUAAUUCACUUAAACUUGGAAAAUAUGGUCUUUUAUUUAUAACAAUAUUUUUAACAUUUAUAAAAUUUUGUUUUAUUUAUGUUUUCAUAUGGAUUGGUUAUUUAUUUGCUUUUCAUAUGUUAUUAACACAAAAUCCAUCAUUUGAAACUGUAUUUACAUCAAUACCACGAAUGAUUGCAAUGUUAACUGGAGAAUUUAAUUUUGAAAAUUUAUUUUAUACGGAAGGAGAACCUGUACGUGGUACAACAAUGGCUAAAGUUAUUUUUUCAACAUUUGUCUUUGUUGUACACAUUUGUGUUAUGAAUAUAUUGAUUGGUUUAGCUGUAAGUGAUGUAAAUGAUUUUCAAAAAAAUGCUAAACGUGAAAAUUUACGUUCAAGAAUUUUGACAGUUUUAAAUUUUCAAGCAAAAUUUGGUCCACUUUGUAGUGCAUCAUCAAAAUUGAUGUUUACUUUAGGUCGUAAUUUUCCUCAAUUUUUAACUGGUUUGAAAUUUGAUGUUACGCAGUUAUCAUUACGCAUAAAACCAAUACAAGUACCAAAUCGUGCAAUGCGUCUUAUUCAAUGCCGUGUUGGAUAUGUACCAAUGAAAAAAACUAAGGAAAUUACAUCUAAUGUUGUUCAAGAUAGAGAAAAUGUACAAGAAAUUUUUAAUGAAAAUUUAAUACAUAAAGUUAAUGAGAUUCGUGAAGAAAUUGAUAAAACACAAUUAAAAUUUACACAAGAACUUCAUCGAUUAACAAUCAAUUUAUCAAAAUUAAUCGAUAAAUGA